AUGGUUCUUUUCCUUAGGAAGGAAAGCACUGAGCCCCAGGGUUUGAAGGAAGCAGAGUAUUUCCUCUUGACCAUCAUGUGCUACGACCGCUACGUGUCCAUCUGCAAACCCCUGCACUACGGGACCCUCCUGGGCAGCAGAGCUUGUGCCCACAUGGCAGCAGCUGCCUGGGCCAGUGCCUUUCUCUAUUCCCUGCUGCACACAGCCAAUACAUUUUCCCUGCCCCUGUGCCAUGGCAAUGCCCUGGGCCAGUUCUUCUGUGAAAUCCCCCAGAUCCUCAAACUCUCCUGCUCACACUCCUACCUCAGGGAACUUGGGCUUCUUGGUCUCAGUGCCUGUUUAGCUUUUGGUUGUUUUGUGUUCAUUGUUUUCUCCUAUGUGCAGAUCUUCAGGGCUGUGCUGAGGAUCCCCUCUGAGCAGGGAAUGCACAAAGCCUUUUCCACCUGUCUCCCUCACCUGGCUGUGGUGUCUCUGUUUAUCACCACUGGCACAUUUAGCUACCUGAAGCCCCCCUCCAUCUCCUCCCCAUCCCUGGAUCUGGCCCUGUCAGUUCUGUACUCAGUGAUGCCUCCAGCCCUGAACCCCCUCAUCUACAGCCUGAGGAACCAGGAGCUCAAGGAUGCCCUGAGGAAACUGAUGAUUGGAUCAAUUCAGAAAUAA